CAUCCGAGUCACCCAAUUUUCACAUGCAAUCAAGGCUCCUUUCCAUGUAAUAAAUUCCAAAACCGUUUUUAAGUCCUUCCAAACAAUCCCCAAAAUCCCACCCAAAAAGUUUCCUCCCCGUUUCCUUCCUUUUUCUUCCCAAAAAAAGAAAGGAAAAAAAUGUCUUUCCCUCUCUUCCUGUGUUUUUUCUUCUUCUUCCUUUAUUUAAUCCCACUCUCUACUCCCCUAACUUCUUCCCCCUACCUUUCCCGCACAAUCCUCCCUCAAAAUUACCAAAAAAUGCUUAAAAACUUCAAAAUUUACACUUACCCUCCUCCACAAACCCUUUCUUUUGACUCCAAAGUUGAAUCCCUAUUUUACUCUUCACUCAUCCACAGCCCCUUCAUCACUCAAAACCCCGAAGAAGCCCAUUUAUUAUUCAUUCCCUUCUCUUUCCACUCCGGCCUUUCACUACGCUCCGCCGCACGUGUCGUUGGAGAUUAUCGUACAGAGUUCAUUUACUGGAAUCGGACUCUUGGAGCCGAUCAUUUUUUCCUUUCUUGUUCCGGUGUUGGCCACGGUGCGGACCGGAAUGUGGUGGAGUUGAAGAAAAACUCGAUUCAGAUCUCGUGUUUUCCGACAACACCCGGGUUGUUUAUUCCGCAUAAGGAUGUUAGUCUGCCCCCACUUGCUAAUGUUCACGGGCCCAGUCACGCUCCGAGAAGUACGGGCUCGAGUCGUUUGGGUUACGUGAGGUAUAAUUGGGUGAAAGAGUCGAGUUUGGUGGAACAGCUUUUAGCUGAUACCGAGAUUUUGGUUGAAUCUGAGCCGUCCGAUCAGAUGACUUACGAGGAAAGACUCGCCGGGAGUAAGUUUUGUUUGUUUGAAUACGGGCCUGAAAUCUCGGGGAUCGGGGAAGCGAUGAGUUUCGGAUGCGUGCCUGUGGUGAUUACUGACCGUCCGAUCCAAGACUUGCCGUUGAUGGAUUUGCUAACGUGGCAGCAGAUGGCGGUGUUCGUUGGGACAACCGGUGGGGCCAAGGAGAUCAAGAGGGUUUUGGGGCGCGUGGUGGUGGAAGGAUACGAGGAUAUGAGGGAAUCAGCUAUUUUCGCGAGUAGGCAUUUUGUGUGGAACGAGACGCCGCAGCCGUACGAUGCAUUUCAUAUGGUGAUGUAUCAACUGUGGCUGAGAAGGCAUACCAUCAGAUACGCGGAAAGAGAAUGGGCUUAAAUGUUAAUGUUUCAUAAAGAUUGUAGUCCGUUGGUUUGUUGUUGCCUUCAGAACUUUAGACGGUGGUGAUCAUGUAAUUCUGUUAUCUGUUUUUUCUUUUUUGUUGUAAACUAAAGAUUUUGGGGGAAUAAUUUACAACAAAUAAGAUUUACUUUUUUUUACAAAUUUAUCCCUUCAAUAAUUCCAAGUGUGGUGAAAAAGUUUGUGAUUAGUGUUUUUUUUUUUUUUUUGUAAUAAUGCCAAAAAUAAGGGCUUCCAAUAGAAAACAAUAUGUAAAUUUUCAAUUGAUCAAAAGGAGCAUU